AUGGCGGACUUCACGAGAGGUUCGUCCAAACAUGGAGACGUGGAAAUGGCAAAUCGCAACGGACAUUACAAUGCAGUAGGUUCUAUAUUCUCUUUGGCCAUUUUUCACUUUUUUUUUACUUGUUGGAAACAUUUUUGACUUCCAAAAGUGACUUUUUGCAGAACGAAAACGAAGGGUAUCUAGCAGACCCCGGAGAAAACGCAGGAAAUAAACCCGGGUGGAAAAGAAAUCAGGAUGAGGAAGAUUUUGAUCCUUGGGCUCUGCCCGAACUUCAGGAUCUUGGACCAAAAUGGUCUGGUAAGUAUCGUGUCUGGUUGUAUUUUUCCUCUAACUUCGUCAUACUACAAAAAUUCCGAAAAUGACUCCCCAGGGUUUUUACAGGUUUAAAAAGUAAUAAUGAGGUAAUAAAUAAAUAACUAUAAUCAUCUUUUUCAAAGGCCUCUUUUGUGGGGCUUAUGAUAGGGAGAAAUUUUCGUCUUCAAAAUCCCGCGAGCUCGUAAUUGUAGGAAAUUUGUGUCAACAAUUUUGAAAGCACAAUAACAGGAUUCUAGAAAUUCGUGCAAACUUAAACGCCUCAGCACUAACGGAACUUCAUUGAAAAUAGAAAUGCUGGAACUAGUACGUGAUAUCAUGAAAGUAAUGCGAUGACUUCUGUCGACCAUCGAUCAAAAAGUGAUCAAAUAACAGGAAAUUAAGUUUUUAGCAUCAUCAUCGUAAUUUCAGUUGUAGUAUCAGUAUUAGGAAAGGCAAAGUAUUUUAAAGCAGCUCAGUUGCGGCUUAUUCAAAUGAAGUCAAGGGAUAUAUUUCUGAAAACAAUGAAAAAACGAGAAAAGGAAAGAAAAAUAGAAGAAAAAGGAGAAAUAGAAGAAAAACGGAAAUACCAUGCAUAUAAAUAGAAAUACCUGAAUAAACUGUUGGCGUUAUUUUCGCUCUUUUUGGUGCUUACUUUCUUAUCACUUAAGCAAGAAACUCGUUUCAACUAGCAAAAUAUCAGUGUUACGUACAGAGAACAACAACUAAUACAUAAUGCAAACCAGAAUAAUAUUUUCUUUGCAAUGCCGAUGUAACAAUGUCAAAGUAUAGCCUCUAUCACAUCAAAUCACAGGGGGUGGGGGUUGGGGGCGGUCAUCCAGACCCUUAGAUAAGGGGGCGGCCCCCCCGGGCCCCUCCCCUUGACCCCCCACUGGACUUAUGAUUGAGUGACCGAAUCUUUCUGUUUGCUCAACGACAGAGCUCGACAGGUUGGGAAAGUUUCUUCGUGUCGCUUUGUCGUUUACGAAGAUUGUCCUACUCCUUGGUUUUCUGUACUUGUUCAUCUGUUCGUUGGAUUUCCUGAGCAGUGCCUUUCGCCUGUUGGGAGGAAAAGCCGCUGGCGAAGCCUUCGCUUCGAAUGAAAUUCUCAGCAACCCCGUGGCUGGGCUUAUGAUUGGCAUCUUGGCAACUGUUCUUGUUCAGAGCUCGUCCACUACAACUUCCAUCGUGGUCUCGAUGGUGGCUGCCGAGAGUAAGUGGUUUUGGGUUUGCAAAAAUAUUGUUUCAAGUUUUUGGAAGAUAUUUGCUUGAGUUAACUGUCAUUGACAUAACGUUUCGGCUUGUCGAAUGGUCACCACAGGAAAAAAAUAACUGAUUCCCAUUUUUGGAUAUUUUAAGGUAUUUAAAGAAUACCCACAAAAAUCCGAAUUUUGGAAGAGUGAGACAAGUCCCAAUCAGGGAACUUGGUUGGGAUUUCCCUGGUUGGGACUUGUCUCACACUUUGCCAAAUUUGGGACUUUUAUGGGUAUUCUUUAAAUAACCUAAAAUAUCCAAAAAUGGGAAUCGGUUAUUUUUUCCUGUGCACAUAGCUGAUUAAAAUGUUUAGCAUUUUUAAAAUUAACGCAUUGUGAGGAGGAGGUUUUUUUUUAUUUAUGGCCGAUAAUUUCUUCAGAGAGGAAGUACUGUAGAUAUUUUGUCGCUCAUCGAAUAAGCAACAUAACGCACUUAGUUUCAGUUGAUAUUAGCCUGGUAGCCAAUAACCAAUAACUCUGAAGUUUGUCUUGAACUGUGCAAAAGUUAGAGAUGUCAAUUUCAAAGUCUGUUCAUUGUUUGUUUUUCUUCCGACCAUUUCUUUAAUUUUUGUCACCAAACCUACGAGCCCCCCGAUGCCCUUAAAAAUUCCUAAGUUUCAGCAACAGAUACUCAAUUAGAUUCCCUUUGUGGCACAUUUUGUUUUUGGAGGGUAUUUUUCAUGUUUUUUUCUUGAAAUUUGCUUCUUGAAGUGUGCUAUUUCCAAAAAUUAGGUCGAAAUUUUGGUUGGAAAAUUCAUGAUGUAGUGCCUGGAUUAGUCAAUCGAUAGAAAUCGGUAGCAAUCAAGUGAUUUUUAUCGAUUGAUAACGGAAAUCGAUAUUAUCGAUUUUUUAUGGUUUUAACGAUUUAUAAUGCAAGUCCGCCAUUGUUGUUUUUUGUCAUGAAGUAGAUAGUACAGCUAAGAUAACACAUCCACGAGUAACAACUGAUCCGGGAGCAACCAUGAAAAUGAGAAAUGUAGAAACUAUUACACACAACUUUCUCUAAAACCCUUUAUUUUGUACAUAGUCACAAAAACGGUUCAGUUUAAUUACAUUCAGUUCUCGCAGGCAAGUAUCACGAGAAAUACAUCCUUAGCUAAAGAAUUCCUAGCCUAAAUUUCAGACACACUGUCGAGUCGGGAUUCAGGCGAAAAGAUUUUCCUGGAUAUAUUUUCACUGUUUUCCGAUAUCAAUCGAUAAAAAUCACUUGAUUGCUAACGAUUUUAUCGAUUUCGAUUUUUAUUUAUUGACUACUCCUGGUCCUCCGGAUGUAACUGCACCCGGAUCUAUACCGACCUCAUUUUGAAAGGGUGGUAGAAGGCUAAAUCCUAAAAAACUGGGCGCCUACAGACCUGGCUCCAGUUGUUCAAAAGGUGGAUAACGCUAUCCACCGGAUAAAAAUCUAUCCAGUAGAUGGCGCAAUUGGUUUCCCUAAUACUCAGUAUCCGCUGGAUAGUGAUUUAUCCGGUGGGUAGCGCUAUCCAACUUUUGAACAACCGGGGCCUAGCAAAUAUCGGAGAUCAGGAGACGAUUUUAAAACCUGGCUUUAAAGAAAAGACAUUUUUUUUAUCAAUCAAAUUAGAUCUACCGAUUUUUAUCGAUUUAUCGAUUGACAAAUCGAUACCGAUUUUUAUAGAUUGACUACUCCUGGUGUUUUGGUAUGUGCCUGCAUCAAAGUGCCAUUUCUAGAUGGGUAACCGGUCAUUUCGCCCCGGUUACUUAGACCCCGGUUUUAGACGAGCACCUCCAUAUUUGAAGCGCGCUUGUUUUAGUUUAUGGCUUAUAGAACGAGGAGCGAAUAGAGAGCUGUUCCAAAUCUAACCAAAACAUACGAAUAGCCGCAUUGUAACUCCUGCCCUUUGCCUUUAGUUUACCAAUGAACGUAUCGAAGUACGUUCCUGAUCCUUUGUCUUGUAAAUAUCUUAGUUAUUAUAAUAAGGUUAGUUUCUCCUACCAUUUGCAAAAACUAUGAAUCAUUCCUCGGUCUCAGUCCAGCAAUUAGAUCCAUAAAAAGUAGUACAAGCAAAUUAAACUGGGAUUUCCUGAUUGGGCCAAUUGAUCAACUGAUUUGUUUUAUACCCGGCAGCACGAGAAAAGCAUCUUUCGAAAAUGUGUCAUGCGUUGAGAAAGCGCGUUAUUGUUUCGUGGACCGUGAAUUGAAGCGAACGUUAAGAUGCGUACAGUACCUGUCGCACAGUCAUGUUUUUGACCCGAGAAAGUCUUAAAUGUAGCUGUUAAAAUGUUUCCUACACGCGGCGUGGCGUUGGAAUUCUUAUCCCUAAAACAGUAAGCUGUGAAGCGUCAACUAGAUUCUAUUAUACAGGCUUUAUACUUUCACUUGUUGGUGGACAGAGACCACUUUGCACGACCUCACUAUACCACCUCUAAUCACUCGCUGAUCACGUGCGUUAGUUUUCAAAAUCCACGGUUGACUCAUCCAAUUGUUAUGCCCUUUCAAAAGUAACAAUUGGCACUUAUCACCUUCUCGCGACAAACAGGUCGUUAGAAAACUUGACCAUGUCAAUCCAAAAUACUGAAAAACAUUGUUAAAGAUUUUAAAGUGACAAAUGACAGCAACCAGCAGAAUCAUUUAAGAAUAUCCCCAAUUAUUUUGCCUCAUACCUAGUCCCUGGACUUUCUACUUCCCAAUCUUCCUCUAAUUUCCAUAAUCAAAUAUAGUGAAAAUAUGCAGGGAAUACAACGCGCGCAGCAGCUCGCUCAUGAAUUAGCUAUUUUAAACUUUCGCUUGAGACUGGGUCAGUUUUGCGUUGAAUGUGAUGUCGGUGUUGUCGGGGCACCCAGCGGCGGUUUCCUCCCAAAUGCAUUGAAAACAAUUUUUAGGCUAUCCAGAGUAUUUUAGACCUCUAGAAAUGCUUUAUAAGGGGCGCUAUUACAUUUGUAUCUGUUCGGUCAUCCUCGGGGACUUGAGUCUUUUUGAAAUUACGAGGGCUUCAGUCAGUUAUUUUGCCGAAAAUUUUAGAUGCAAUUCAGCGCAUUACGAAAGUGAAAAAUGUUUUAAUUCCUCUCUCCAUCACUUUUUUUGAAUCCGAAAAUUUUAGGUUUCCUUCUUCUUACGAAAAAUAGCCUAACCCGGAGUGUGAAAAGUGAAAUAUUAAACUUCAGAAAAUCGUAGGGAAUUUAUUAGAUAAGCUUCGAAAAUUGUACAGGAAUGGGGCAUUCAUCUAGAACUUUCUAGCCGUCUUCAAGAAAUAGAAAAUUUUAGGCAAUAUUUGAUUCUCCGAAAGUAUAUUUUCGGAAAACGGUCGUAGAGUACCCCCUGUGUUGUGUCGUGUCGAAUUGCAGUGUGGCACUGUUUUGGAGGAAGAAUUGUGACGCAGUUUCCUCCGCAACAUUAUAAUAAUGAAAGAAGUUGUUGUUUACCAUUUACAAAAAGUGUCUGGAAAAUCCGGUUGAAAACAUGGCUUUUCGGGUCGUUGUUGUGCACAAUUUCCGGAAACAACGGUACGGUAUGCUCCUAGCGGAAAUUCGCGUUCCAUUUAUUAUGGCCCAUCUUUGAUACCAGUUUCAGGCUUUCGCGACCGUUUCUCAGUAGAUGAAACUGAUUUGUACAAAUGGUAAGCACUACUGCACUCCAAAGAGUUUCCUCGACGGCUCUGAACAUCUCAUUCAAUAGACCCAGUUAUUUUCACACAAGUUGUUUUGAAUGCAACGGAUUUUACUAGACCUUUCAUAAGAGGGGACAAACUGAAUGGAAUUAGAAUGAAGCAAAGGAACGGCCUUGUGAUUCCUUGUCUUAUUACAUUUUUGACUCCUAAAUAGGCUGAAUCGCUCAGAAGAAUUUCCACCCUUGAGCUAGGGCCGGAGCUAGGCCUACCUCUGUUUUCGAGUGUAUUUAUGAAUAGUGAGAGAUUAACAGAAAACUUUACCUUUCAGUUGUGGAUGUUAAGCCUGCCAUUCCAAUCGUAAUGGGAGCGAACAUUGGAACAUCAGUCACCAACACCAUUGUCUCCUUAGCUCAAGCUGCCGAGCGAAAUGAAUUCCGUCGUGCCUUUGCUGGAGCCGUUGUACACGAUAUAUUCAACUGGUUGUCAGUCAUUGUGUUCUUGCCAAUGGAGGUCAUUACUGGCUACCUGCGUCGAUUGACAGGAGAGAUUAUUGGAGUUCUUGAUUUGAAACAGGCUAAAGGAACCAACAAAAAGCUGCUCAAGACUGUCACACAGCCAUUCACCAAGAUGAUCAUCCAGUUAGACAAGAACAUUAUAAAGAAGAUUGCCCUUGGCGACAAAUCGGCUGAUUCAAAGUCCUUGAUCAAAAAUUGCGAACCUAAAGUAACUAUUGAAGAAGUUAAUAAGACUUUCAGUAACUCAACUUAUUUCACUUAUGUGCUGGUAAAUGAGACAAAAGAAACACCAGCCAAGUGCAAGUUUCUUUUUUCCGGCACAACGUUGAGUGACACAGAAGUGGGGAUCAUAAUCCUGGUUGUAUCCAUCCUCCUUCUCUGCAUCUGCCUUGUGUCAAUCGUCAAAAUCCUUCAUUCCAUGCUCCGUGGUCAGAUGGCCAAGAUCAUCAAGAAGACCGUCAACGCAGACUUCCCAGGGCCGUUCAAGUAUUUCACUGGUUACUUUGCCAUCUUGGUUGGUGCUGGGUUAACAAUGUUGGUUCAGUCCAGUUCCAUCUUCACCUCUGCCCUUACGCCUCUUAUCGGUGUCGGAGUGGUGUCUCUUGAGCGCGCCUUUCCCCUCACUUUGGGUGCAAACAUCGGAACAACUGCAACGGGCAUUCUGGCAGCCCUGGCAAGUACCUCAAACUUGGACAAAGCCCUCCAGAUUGCCUUGUGCCAUCUGUUCUUCAAUAUUUCUGGUAUCGUAUUGUGGUAUCCCAUUCCUUAUGUUCGCAAAUAA